CUAUUCAGCUCUACGGUAUUACCAGUGGUGAUACAUUACCUAUACGAUGGGUCGAGCCGUUUCAUAUGUUUCCAGAAGAGGAAUCUAAUGAGCUUGAAGCUUGGAUCAGAGAAGAAGUUUUUAACGUGCAUUCACAAAUCAGACCACAUCUCAGGGGUGAUAAAUUUUCUAGAACAAGCGUUCCCUCUAGAAGAUUCCUUGCUUACUUGCAACGUGCUUAAUCUCAUCGAGCUUGUUGGUUUGGACAAUCCACUCUUCAUCUCCCACCAAAUGCAAAAGGCUGAGCCGGGAGGCCGGUCAUAUUCCACCAACGUUCUCAUCGCUUUUGACGAGUUCAAACAUUUCUGGAAAUCUAUAACGGUGGAAUUGUUCACAUCCAUCUCAAACCCUAAGUACAUGCACCAAGAGAUUUACUCGCUUGCUCUCGACAAACAAGUUUCUUUUAUUAUGCUCCCUUUCCACAAAAUAUGGUCACUCGACCAUACAACUGUGGUCUCAGACGACGUGAUGCGUAGGAACGUUAACAUCAAUGUCUUGAGUCAAGCGCCUUGCUCUGUGGGGGUCUUAGUCCAUCGCCAAAAGUUGGUAUCUGCGCAAAAGCGCGAACCCAUUUUUAAGGUACGCGCGCACAUAUAUUGAAGCUUUGGUUGUUUUCAAACGUCAGUUUUUGUGUUUAUGUUUUUUAGUUUGUAAGAGUCGGUCUUGGGCACAUCCUGAUAAAAAAAUAGUUUUGACCUCCACAUUUUUUUAAAAAAUAUUAUACUAGCCCCAAAUUAGAAAUAAUUUUUUAAUUAAAAUUAAUUUUAAAAUGUUUAUUGCUUCCAAAAUUUCAAGAUCCCGUGAAUUUGUUUUUUUUUUCUUUAAUUUAGAAUAUUUUUUUCUCAAAAAAGGCACAUCUUCAUUUCCCCUCUUAAAAGAGACAAACGUAGAUAUAAAAACAAAAUAAUAAGUGAACAUUUUUAUUUGUAAAAAAAACUAGACAUUUACACAAUCAUCUUGAAUUUGUCUAAAACCAGGUCUGCGCAAUUUUUGUGGGCGGGAAAGACGACAGAGAAGCCUUGGCAAUGGGGAAGCACAUGAUGAGGAACCAGAAAGUGAGACUAACCGUGUUGAAGCUAGUCCCAGGGACAGUGGUCGGUAUGACCACAGGGUGGGAUCAGAUGCUUGACACGGCAGAGCUUAAGGAGACAUUGAGGAACAGCAUUUCACCUUCGGAAGGAGAACAUAACUUUGUGGAAUAUUUGGAGGAGACAGUUGACGACGGUUCCGACACAUCAAGGAUCCUUCUCUCAAUCGCUAGUGCUUUUGAUUUAUUCGUGGUGGGUAGGAGCUCAGGAAUGGGGACCGAUGUAACGAGAGCAUUGAGUGAAUGGACGGAGUUCGAUGAGUUAGGUGUGAUCGGAGAUUUGUUGGUGUCAUCAGAUUUUCCCCAAAGAGGGUCGGUAUUGGUGGUGCAACAACAACAGAAUGUAGCUUGUAGAUAAUUGUAUUACAUUUAUAAGAAGAUACCAAAACAGAAAUACACUUCUCAUAUACAUGAUACAUGAUACAUUUAUAGCCACAAAAUUCCAAAAUUAAGCAAAAUUAAGUGACAAUUCGUCUCCGUUGCCUUGUGGCAAGUGCCAAAGCAAUUACCAUGACAAAGAGUGAAGCCUCUGUAGCGUUCGUCCUUAAUCUUCACGUGCAAUUCUAAAGAACGAUAAAAAUAGAAAACAAAACUAUUUUUUUUGUGGUUUAUCGAGAUUUUGGGUAUCAUGCUGGUAAAUAUCCAUUAUUAAGCAUCCAUAAUACUAGUGUUGAAACUUGAAACAUAGUGAAAAGUCACUAUUUUCCAAGAGUUUUAAAAGUGUAUUUUUCUCUUUUUUUUGGGUCAACGAAAAUGUCUAAAACACAUAAGUUUUAACUUUUAAUAAGAAUCUAUAAUAACUUUUAUUAUUAGCGGAUGCAAAUUUCUAUAUAUAAAAAAUAUAAACGAUGUAAAAGAAAACAUGGGAUGGAGAACAAUGUAGCUACAAAUAGCAUAGAAAACAAAAUAAACAUGGUGACUAAUUGUUAACUGAUACGUACCUAUUGUUUGCAGGUCAUUCAAGUUUAGUCAUUUUCCUAAGUCAAAAUUUAUUACAAACCCUUUUUUCUAGACUUCUUCUCCUCCCCAAUUGAACUACAAACCCUAAACCAUUCCACAAGAUUUUGAUCCUAAAGUUAAUCUUCGCCAAUUCUCAGUUUAUCUCCCUAAAAUGGAUCAACGUGUACACAUGGAUUACUUGGACGUUGCAUGGAGAGGCUACAAGGAAGAUAAGAACACGUCUCUAUUCUGCGAGACACAUCCUUUCACUUUAAACUCGCACGGUGUAUGGGAGAGAUUGGUUGACAAGUCACGAGGGUUGAGCUUCUGGGAAUAUCCGCUACCCAAUCUCGAGAUCAUAAUAUUGUCUACUUUUGUUCUUUGGCGUCUCUUCGAAUUCUCAUGCAACAAAAUGGGUCUUCGAGUACCUAGAUUCACUCAUAUGAUGAUUGCAGGGGUGAUAUUAGGUAAAACUUGUCACUUAAGCAGCACCUCUUGGCUCCAUAACAUAUAUUUCCCUGAUGAUAGCCGACCAAAGAUCGCCGAGACACUGGGGGCUUUCGGGUUCCUUUUAUAUUGGUUCCUGAAAGGUGUUACAAUGGAUGCUGGAACGGGAUUGACGAUGGGGAAAAAAGCUAGUGUGAUUGGGUUCACCACAAUGUUCGUACCCUUGGUAUGUGGGAACAUCAUGUUUAGAUUGAGAAAACGAAGAGGCCAUAUAACCUUGCUGACAACGGAAUACAGGUUGCUCAUGUUCUUGCAAAGCAUAUCCGCGUUCACAAGCAUUGACACACUCCUAAGAGACCUCAAGAUCAAACACUCGGAGUUUGGAAGGAUAGCACUUUCGGGUGCCAUGGUGACUGACAUGAUGGCUUUUAUUGCAACGUUUUUGAAUGCCAUGCACUGGGAAGGAUACGAAGGAUUGGUCCAAACUAUAUUUAGCUGCUUCUUUUUCGCAUGUAUGGUAUAUGUGGUGAGGCCAGCUAUGUACUGGGUGAUCAAGCAGACUCCAGAAGGGAGGCCGGUCAAGGAUAUUUACAUCUACUUGAUUUUGGCGCUCGCUUUUUUCUCUUUCAAAUACUUUGAGAUGGUUGGUCUAUUUGGACCUGCUGGGUCGUUUGUUCUUGGCUUGACUGUUCCCCACGGAUAUCCUUUAGGUUCAACUUUUGUUCAAAAGUUUGAGAGCUUUAAUCUUGGGGUUAUCUUUCCUCUAUUUGGAUCAUUAACCAUGAUGCAACUGGAUCUCUCAUGGUUAUUGAAAGAGUUUGUAAAUAUUGCACGGAUGGAGGGCCAGCUAUAUGAGGCUGUUUCCCUUAUUCUUUCUGUAAAUGUCACAAAAUUCAUUGCUUCAACCAUAGCUGCAUAUGCUUUUAAAAUGCCCUUAAGAGACUCCUUUGCUCUAGCCCUUGUAUAUGGUAAUAAGGGGGUCUUCGAGCUCUCCUACUUCACAUAUGCCGUUGAAAUAAAGAAAGUAACACCAGAAGUUUUCACAAUCAUAGCUACGUUCAUCUUCUUAAACUCUAUCUUCAUACCAAUGGCCUUGGAGCUCGUCCAUGACCCAACCAAAAGAUUCAAAUGCUACCAAAAAAGGAAUAUGGUAAUCUUGAAAGACGGCGGAGAGCUCCAGUCUCUUGUGUGCAUCUACAAACCUGAUCACAUAACUUCUAUGAUCAGCCUUUCAGGAGCUUUCAACCCAUCAGAAUAUUCUCCAAUGGCGUGCAAUGUACUCCACCUCAUUGAACUUAUGGGUCAGGCCAGUCCUAUGUUCAUUUCCCACCAGUUGCAACAACCAGAGCCCGGAAGUAUUUCUUGUUCCGACAGUGUCAUAAGUUCAUUCCGUAGCUUCCACAAACAAUUCUUUGAAUAUAUAUCAUUGGAUAUUUUCACUUCAGUCUCUAUGUCCAAACACAUGCAUGAGGAUAUUUGUUGGCUAGCCCUAUCCAGAAGCCUAUAUCUGAUUCUGCUUCCUUUCCACCGUACCUGGUCUGUUGAUCGCUCCACAGUUAUCUCUAACGAUGAUAAGCUGAGAAUGAUCAACAUUAACGUCUUGAGACGAGCCCCGUGCUCUGUUGGAGUCUUUAUCUAUCGCAAACCCAUCGUGGAACAUCAUAUGGCUGAGUAUGACAGCAAGAUAUGUUUAAUUUUUAACGAUGGAAAGGACGAUAGAGAGGCUUUGGCGGUAACUAAUCGAAUGAGACUGACAGAGAAGCGGAUAAGCCUCACUAUCAUAAGAUUCAUUCCAAAAAUUUCUGAAAUAGAGAACCAGUACUUGGGGGAGAAUUUCCAAAUGGUUAGCCUGAAGGAGACCGUGACUAACAUCAUUGGGUUCGACGUCAAGGAAAAUGAUGACUAUGUGACAUAUAUCGAUACAACGGUUUCCGAUGGAUCUGAGACCUCCAAAAUCUUGCGAUCCAUGGCCAAUGAUUAUGACUUGUUUGUAGUUGGGAGAAGCAGCGGAGUAGGUACUGAGGUUACAAACGGAAUUAGCGAGUGGGCAGAGUUUGAUGAAUUGGGACCCAUUGGAGAUUUAUUAGCAUCACAUGAGUUUCCUUCUAGAGCGUCAGUGCUGGUUGUACAAAAACAAGAAUACAUUCAUAGUGCCAAAAGCAAAAGAGGGUUAUCUAAGUCAUGAUGCAUGUGAGCUAUGUUCACUGCUCAGCUCCUGUGCUUGUCAUAAAAAUAGUUUAGGAUGUACAAAAUGUGUGAAGUUAUAUGGAUUCGAUUUUCUUCUGAAUUUGAUAACUUAAAGAUUUUGAUCGCUUCUUAGAUUUUGAUCGCUUCUUAGAUUAUCAAAAUUAGACUACUUUUACUUUAUAGAAGGUGUCCGACGAUUCAAUUCAAACCAAGAACCGCCAACCAUCUUCAUAUUAUAUUUGUUUUUACAUCAAAAAAAACAUUCUAUCAAAUUUAAUUAGAACAACGAAUAAUAUUGUGCGUCAAAAAAAAAAAAAA